AGGAGGCGGGCGGCGCCAUGAGCCUGGUGCUGCGCAACGCCCAGCGCGCCGUGCCCCUGCGGCGGGCCCCGCUGCGCCGCGCCCUCUGCGCCCUGCGCGCCGCCCUGGGCGCCUCCCGCUUCCCCCUGGCGCUGGUGUGCGCCGGCGACCGGCUGAUGCGGCGGCUGAACGGCCGCUACCGGCAGCGCCCCGAGCCCACCGACGUCCUCUCCUUCCCCUUCCACCGGCUGGCGCCGGGGGAGCUGCCGCGGCCGCGCUCGCGCGACGAGUACUACUUGGGGGAGAUCUUCCUGGGGGUGGAGUUCAUCCAGCAGCAGUGCCGGGACAGCGGGGAGGACCUGCAGGGCGUCCUGGUGGCGACGGCAGCGCACGGGCUGUGCCAUUUGCUCGGCUACCGGCACGACACCGAGCCCGAGUGGCAGCAGAUGUACCAAAAAGAGUUGGAGAUUCUGGAGGAGCUGAACCGCCUCACCGGCACCAACCUGCGGCCCCUGACCGCGGGCCUCUUCUGAGGGGGCGAG